AUGUCUGCAUCUAGCGCGCCCAAGUCAUCGUUCGAAAUGGACGACGAUGUUCCUCCCCGCAUGGCAACCGACAAGAUAGAGCCGCCGGUCAAGAAAACGAUACACACUGCCAUGUACAUUUCAUUAUGGAUUUUUAUCUCGAAUCUGACCAUCUUGUUCAACAAGUGGUUGAUAGACACUCAAGGAUUUCACUUUCCAAUCCUUCUUACCUGUUGGCAUUUGGUUUUCGCUACGAUUGCUACGCAAAUUCUUGCUCGAACUACGACACUCCUCGAUUCCCGCAAAAAGCUACCCCUGACUCCUCGCCUCUAUGCUCGAACUAUCCUCCCCAUUGGCAUCUUUUAUUCGGGCUCGCUUGUCUGCUCAAACGUCGUUUACCUAUAUCUGUCCGUUCCCUUCAUCCAGAUGCUCAAGGCCGCCGCUCCUGUUGCAGUUCUCUUCACUUCUUGGGCAUGGCGCGUUGCCGAACCUAAUCUUGCAUCGUUCCUCAACGUCCUUUGGAUCGUUGCGGGCGUUGCUCUCGCCUCGGUUGGAGAAAUCCAUUUCUCCCUCGUGGGCUUCCUGUACCAAAUGGGCGGCAUUGUCUUCGAGGCUAUUCGUAUUAUUAUGAUCCAAGUGUUGCUUAGUGGCGACGGCAUGAAGAUGGACCCUCUGGUGGGACUUUAUUACUUUGCUCCCGUCUGUGCUGCCAUGAACUUUCUCGUGGCUCUGCCCAGUGAGAUACCCAACUUUACUUGGGCUGCUGUCUCCAAGAUUGGUGUGGGCAUGCUGUUUCUCAACGCUUCAAUUGCCUUUAUGUUGAACGUUACGAGUGUCUUCCUGAUUGGGCGUACCUCUGGUCUGGUCAUGACUCUCACGGGUAUCUUUAAGAACAUCCUCCUUAUCCUGGUAUCUAUUAUUAUCUGGAACACCAAAAUCAGCUUCAUGCAAACCAUUGGCUACGCCGUUGCCCUCGCUGGCCUCACAUACUACUCCCUCGGAUACGAACAACUCUCGAAGCUGUUUCAAUCAUCCGCAGCUUGGGCGUCCACCAUGUGGAGCUCGACAUCAGCACGCGGCCACAAUGCCGGGUCCUUGGCUACGAGGAGAUGCAUCCUCGUUUCCGCUCUUAUCUUUGGGGGACUCUUCAUAUUUGUUGCGGCACUACAACAUUACGACCCGGCGACCAAGUCUCUCAAGCUGCCCUCGUGGUUUGGGACGGAAUAG